AUGGCUCUCAGCUCUCGAGCACACGCUUUCUCCGUGGAAGCCUUGGUGGGGAAACCCAGCAAAAGAAAAGCACAAGACCAGAAGGAGGAGGUACAGAAUGAGCUGCAGGAGAAAAAUAGCAGAGAGCAAAAGGAGGAGAGAAGAAACAGCGUUGUAGGCAAGAGACAGCAGCCCGCAGAAAAGCAACUCAAGACAGAGUCUUCAACAACUGCUUUUUCAGGUUGUGAUGAAAGCAGCCGUAGCUGCAGCAAAGGCCACAGCCAGGAAAAAUUGGAAGAGGAAGAUGUUAUCCAAGUGGAGCUUCAGGGAUCUGAGCUGUGGAAGAGAUUCUAUGACAUUGGGACUGAGAUGAUCAUUACCAAGGCCGGCAGGCGGAUGUUCCCCUCUGUUCGGGUCAAGGUGAAAGGACUGGACCCAGUAAAGCAGUACUAUGUGGCUAUUGAUGUAGUACCAGUGGAUUCCAAACGUUAUAGAUAUGUGUAUCACAGCUCACAGUGGAUGGUAGCUGGAAAUACUGACCAUUCAUGCAUCACUCCUAGAUUCUACAUCCAUCCCGAUUCUCCUUGCUCAGGAGAGACCUGGAUGCAGCAGAUCAUCAGCUUUGAUCGGGUGAAACUCACUAAUAAUGAGAUGGAUGACAAAGGUCAUAUCAUCCUGCAGUCUAUGCAUAAGUAUAUGCCUCGUGUACAUGUGAUGGAGCAAAAUAGCAGUGUUGACUUGUCCCAGCUUCAGUGUCUGCCUGCUGAAGGGGUUAAAACAUUCUCCUUUAGAGAAACUGAAUUCACCACAGUGACAGCUUACCAAAAUCAGCAGAUUACCAAACUGAAAAUAGACAGAAAUCCUUUUGCUAAAGGAUUUAGAGAUCCAGGAAGAAACAAAGGUGUAUUGGAUGGACAUUUAGAGACCAACCCAUGGAGACCUUCUCUCACUCUGGAUUUAAAAUCCUUUGGUGCAAACUCACAAAGUGGAAGCAGUGGCUCAUCUCCAGUGACCUCUUGUGAAAAGGCUUCCUCUCCUCUGAACUCCUUACUUCUUCCACCUUGUUCUCCACCUAUGUUUCACUUACCUACAAACUCCCUUGGAAUUACUUGUCCAGACCCAUACUUGCACAAUAUUAACUUGCCUUUUUGCUAUAAGAUUUGUCCAGCUAAUUUUUGGAGACAACAACAUUUUGUCCUGUCUGCUCCUGAGAAACUAUCAAGCAGCAACUGUUCUCAGUCUUUAGCCCCAGUCGUGAUGGAAAUGCCUAUGAUAUCUUCCCUGAGCAACAUCAAUUCAAAGGUUGGUUCAUCAGAAGACUUCAAUGGUCAGUGUCUUCAAGGACUUCAUUCUCCCAAUCAAAUGUUGCGUGGAUUUCAGUCAUCUAGUAACAUUUUUCUACCAAAUCCCAUUAACCAGGAAGCACUUGAUUGCUCUUUUAACCCUUCCUAUGGCUUUUAUAGAUGCAACAUCUCUAUGCCACCUAGACUGGUAAAUACUACCAACCACCUCAAAAGAAAUGACAACAGUCAAAUUUCUUUUACAGAAGGCAAAUGUAAUCAUUCUCCUUGGUAG